AACCACAUUAACAUGCUGUUGGAAGAUUGAUGGAACACUCCAGCAAUGCUCCAUGAGGUGUUUGAGUUCAUGCUUAUCUGCAUGCUGCCUGGACAUAUUAUCCGGACUGACCCGGUUUCUGAAGGUUGAUGGAACACUCCAGCAAUGCUCCAUGAGGUGUUUGAGUUCAUGCUUAUCUGCAUGCUGCCUGGACAUAUUAUCAGUACUGACCGGGUCUCUGAAGGUUAAGUCAAACUCUUCCUCCUCUCACUAACAACUUGUAGAUGCUGUGUAAUAUGCUUCUGUUGGAAUCUUUGCGCCCUCGUGCAAUAGCCGAAACGAAUACGAGUGCCCGUGCACUCCAUUUCUUUUUCGCUAACGGAAACUGGGACAUGACAGAUAGGAAAUGCUAAUUAAUUAGCUACAGAACUCACAUUUUGUGAUGUUUCAAGCUUCAUGACAAUGUUGAUUUUUCUUAUCUGACAAAGUGGAUCACUGAAGAAGAUGCAUGCCAUCUGUAUGGGAAAUCUUUGUACAGUUAAUAAACAUAUUGUUUCUUUACUCGAGAAACCAGACUUAGCUUUUGCAAAACAAAACAGAUAUCUCUCUCGGAUUAUCGAGAAAAAGGGUUCAGUAUCUGAAUUUUUCAUAGCUGUUUCCAGUCACCCGAAUUUACACUGAACUUUGGCGUUAAAAAUCUGUAGCAUUAGUUAGGAAUUCUAGCACAUGUGUGGUGGAUCAUGCUGUAGGUAGGAGCAUGCCAAUAAGGAAACAACGCUGCUGCACGAGGGUUGAGCUGCAGGUGCAGCUAUCAGCAGUUGAGAACCAAGAUUGCCAGAUCGUUACAAGGUGAAGGAAGUCAGCUGGUUCUUUCAGCAAAAUCCUCAGUCUCUUGCAGUUUGCCAAUCUGGAUUAUGAUUAUGAUUAUGAUUACGAGAUGAUUCAGUCGUGCGGAUACUUGCCAUCUAGAGAUGAGACAUCACAUCCUCAUGAUCCCACUUAUUGAAUGUCUGUUCUGCCAACCAAAGAUGAUUAUGCCGCAGCGGAAGCUGUGCUCUGCUGUUGCUUCUGGUUCUUGACUAUAAAUAGAGUGCAAUACAAAGGGUUAAGCACCAAACAAGUUCAACCAUUCUUCACUUUCCGUCAACAUUUCAGACAGAUAUACACCAUCACACCAUCCAUUUGGAAGCAUGUCUUGCCAUCAAAGGUCCGCCAGUCUGCCUUCGAGUCCUGACUCCACUGAAUCCAAAGUGGAGGUGGAGAUGCAGGCCCUGAAAGGAUGCAUCUCCUCGCCUUUGGUGACCAUCGACACGAUGCGCGAUGGUCUAAGGAGGCUCGGAGACAUCUACGGCUGCAUAGAGGAGGUCAUGAGCUUGCCCAGCAACCAAGUUGGCCUCUCCUUGCCGUGGCAAAGGAAAAUGGUCGAGGAAGAGCUUGACAGGUCACUUGUGCUCGUUGAUCUCUGCAAUGCCAUGCAAGACUACUUAGCAGAGCUGAAGAUGAGCCUCCAGGAACUGCAGCUUGCCCUCAAGAGAGGACAAGAAGCGGCUGUUCAGUUCAAGAUCGAGUCUUUUGUUCGCCUCGCAAAGAAGGCGCAAAAGCCUUUCAAAAAGAUCACUGCCAGAAAAACUACCGCUGAAGGUUGCAGGAUGGUCAGGCUACUGGCAGAAGCAAGAGAGAUGGCCGUCUCUCUGCUCGAAUCCGCAUCGCGCCUCUUACUGAAGCAAAUUGAGGUCACCAACAGAAGCGGAUGGUUCCUUGUCUCCCAGAGGUUACAGAAAAGAAGGGUUGUCUGCGAGGAGGCGCGGUUGCAAACGCUGGAGCGCAGCGUGGCAGAUAUUGAGAGCGGCAUUGAGUCCCUGUUCAGGAGGUUGAUCCAGAGCAGGGUUUCACUACUGAACAUUCUUAGCUCAUAGAUGCAUCUCAAGCUUUUGUACAUGGAACCAAAAUAUAUAUGAAGUUGAUUUAUUAGACACACUUUUGAUCAUGUCCAUGUUGUUCUUGACCAUUUCUAUUGAUGCUUCUUAAAUUUCGAUGCUGUUUAUAGCACGUCACGUUCCCGGCAGUCAUGGUCAUGGUCUUUCUUUUUGUAUCAUGUGACAUAUACAGCGAGAACAAAAGAGUACAAAGGUAUGUAGAGUCUCAGUGAAGAGUCACUUUUUUUCAGGUUCAGAUGCUGAUUUCAAGUUUCCAAGUUGGUGUAGAUUCUUAUUUGCUGGUAGAUGCACGAACAUGUCAGUCCCAACAACUAGCUUGACUUAAAAGCACAUGAACAGAACUUCUUGCU